GCCCACUCUCUUGCGUCUCGCUAUAUAAAGCUGCGUCCGUUACCUUGACGCAGCCAGUAUUCUCUGCGCCGCCAACGAGAUCACAGGAGGCAGCUUGGAGCUCAGACGCAACCUACAUCCGCCAUCAUGAGAGAGAUCGUGCAUUUGCAAGCUGGCCAAUGCGGCAACCAGAUCGGCGCUAAGUUUUGGGAGGUGAUCUCAGAUGAGCAUGGCAUCGACCCCACCGGCACUUACCACGGUGACAGCGAUCUGCAGCUCGAGCGUAUCAACGUGUAUUACAACGAGGCCACUGGCGGCAAGUAUGUUCCUCGGGCUGUGCUGGUGGAUCUGGAGCCUGGGACCAUGGAUUCAGUGCGCUCUGGCCCUUUUGGGCAGAUCUUCCGCCCAGAUAACUUUGUCUUUGGUCAGAGUGGAGCAGGCAACAACUGGGCCAAGGGCCACUACACAGAAGGUGCCGAGCUGGUUGACUCAGUAUUAGAUGUUGUGAGGAAGGAAGCUGAAAGCUGUGACUGUCUCCAGGGCUUCCAGCUCACACAUUCCCUUGGGGGUGGCACUGGUUCUGGCAUGGGUACCCUCCUAAUCAGCAAGAUCCGUGAAGAGUAUCCAGACCGAAUUAUGAACACUUUCAGCGUGGUCCCCUCCCCCAAAGUGUCGGACACUGUGGUUGAGCCCUAUAAUGCUACCCUUUCAGUGCACCAGCUGGUGGAGAACACAGAUGAGACCUACUGCAUUGACAACGAAGCUCUCUACGAUAUCUGCUUCAGAACCCUCAAGCUGACAACUCCCACCUAUGGUGACCUGAACCACUUGGUGUCGGCCACCAUGAGUGGGGUGACCACUUGCCUGCGUUUCCCAGGGCAGCUGAAUGCUGACCUGCGCAAACUGGCAGUCAACAUGGUCCCCUUUCCCCGGUUACAUUUCUUCAUGCCUGGCUUUGCCCCACUCACCAGCCGUGGGAGCCAACAGUACCGUGCCUUGACCGUGCCAGAGCUCACACAACAAAUGUUUGAUGCCAAGAAUAUGAUGGCAGCCUGUGACCCCCGUCAUGGGCGCUAUCUCACGGUAGCUGCAGUUUUUAGGGGGCGCAUGUCCAUGAAAGAGGUGGAUGAGCAGAUGUUGAAUGUGCAAAACAAAAACAGCAGCUAUUUCGUGGAGUGGAUCCCUAAUAAUGUGAAAACUGCUGUCUGUGAUAUCCCUCCCCGGGGCCUGAAAAUGUCUGCCACCUUCAUUGGCAAUAGCACCGCCAUCCAGGAGCUGUUCAAGCGCAUCUCAGAGCAGUUCACAGCUAUGUUCCGCCGGAAGGCCUUCCUGCACUGGUAUACUGGGGAAGGCAUGGAUGAGAUGGAGUUUACAGAGGCCGAAAGCAACAUGAAUGACCUGGUGUCUGAGUACCAACAGUACCAGGAUGCUACUGCUGAGGAGGAGGGAGAGUUUGAGGAAGAAGCAGAGGAGGAGGCAGCCUAAGACCGCUGGCUGUUAACACCUGUAAAUUUUGUUCAAAGCUUGUAUGGACUUUAUUCAUUCCAACCUUGUUCUUGGUUUCUUUGUUCUGCACUUCCAGCUUCCUGAUGUCAUCUGUCUGAUGCUGUACAGACAUUAAAAGCCUUUUCACGCUG